AUGUUUUCGGAUUUCUUUUAUGUGUUGUUCCAAGUGAUUUUGUGCGCGUGUGCUAUUGUUAUUGUUGUGAUAUCCAGAAAAACAAGGACAAAAGGAUGGAGUUAUCCCUUCAAACUGUUAGCGUCCCGUCCCACCGUGCAAUGGUGGAAGUCCAAAUUACACCUAAGCCCAUUACGCGAUACGCCAUCAAACCAGACUAAUGGUUGUGACGCUAUUACGAUUAGAACGACAGCACCAGAUGGAUCAGCGGUUAUUCUAUAUAUUAAGAAAUUGGGUGGUGAAACUCCACUCGCGGAAGUGCACGUUUUUGUUAAGUUGGCGGACGGAAACACGUAUAAACUGCCGGACGAAUCGGGAACUUCAAAAACCGCUUGGGAAGACUAUUCAAAUGGCUGGAGCGCUGGUGGUCUCAAAGUUGAGAUCCUCGAAGACCAAGAUCGCUGUCGGAUCCUGUACAAUGGUCUCAUGGAGGCUGAUGGAGCGAUUCAACAUGUCAAAUUAAAUUUAAUAUGGGCAUCAGCUAGUAGAUCAACAAGAUAUCCUGAAGAUUGGAACAAUCGAUUAGCUGCAGAGACAUUAGCCCUGGAACCUUGGCGAAACCAGACUUGGCACGAUUUAUUAAAUAAAUGUGGCGGUGUCCGGCGCUGGUCUCAAUUCGGUGCAGUGCAAGGAAGGUUCCAGGUUUUUGAUGAUAAUGGAAAAGUUGUGAAAAGUGAUUACCUUCGAACUAGAGGAGUUAAGGAGAGAGUCAUGACUACCAAAGGCCCGCGACGGUCACUUACACUAACGGUAGCUGCAAAUGAUGGAACUAUUGUGAAUCUCCAAGGGCUUUCAUACGAGAAUUUGUCACAAUGUAUAUCUGGCAGCACUAGGAUGCCUGACUUUAGCCUACAGAACGUGACCUCGUGUGACCUGAUUCUAUCAGAAUUUUGUGAAACCUCCAAUGAAUUACCAAAUACUUACUGUAUAAGUGUAAAUGUUGGUAAUCGAUGUUUGAAGUUGGUUUUGCGAAUAUCUGAUUAUGGAUCUCGUCUGCUUAGCGGUACGAAGCAAGAAUACGAAAUUAUAUAUCGCGUUGUUUUUGCUGAAAUCAACGGGGAGUGCGCUACUGGUGUAUUGGAACUGUGCUACGAAAGAAAAGAUAAGCUUGCGUCGCCAUUUUCCCUAAAACUAAAACGUCAUUUAAAAUGGCGGGAAAUAAAUAAUAUUAUAGAACCAAUAGCGUAUUGCGUCGAAUUUGAAGAUCCAAUCGCAUCGUGUGUGGAAGUUGCUGGUGGAAAGGGGGCGUCGUUAGCACUACUAUCUAGUGUUCAGAAGGACGAGGGUUAUCAAGUGCCUCCUGGGUUUACCAUCACGACAAAAGCUUUAGAGAAACACCUUGAACAAAAUCCGGAUAUCAAAAACGCAAUCAAAGACAUAGAGUUAGCUGGAGUGGAGUAUGAAGAAGCGGUUUUUAAAGAAAAAUGCAAUAAAGCUGUGAAAUUAUUUUUAACCAAGGAAUUAUCCGGAGAAUUGAGAGGUAGCAUUCUGAAGAACUUGUCGAAUCUUCGUUUGAAAGCUGUCGCGUACAAUUUAGAAGCGGAACCGCGGUUUGCAGUUAGGUCUUCCGCUGUUGGAGAAGACAGCGAAGCAUUAUCAGCAGCUGGCCAAAACGAUACCGUGUUGGGUAUAUCGAGUGAUGAGGAUGUCCUUCGGUCUGUGCUGAAGUGUUGGGCUUCCAUGUUUGCUUUUACCAGUGCAUAUUACAGACGGCAGAAUGGUCAGCCGUGUCUUUGUAAUGGUGCUGUUGCUGUUCAGCUCCUGGUGGAGCCCCGAGUGGCUGGCGUCAUGUUCACGAGACAUCCAGAAGCUGGAGAUCCCUCCCGAAUUCUGAUUACUGCUAAUUAUGGCUUGGGUGAGAGCGUCGUCUCAGGAUCUGUUGAACCUGAUACAUAUAUCAUAAAACGUAGUUUGCACGGAACGUUAUCGAUAGCGAACUUACAACUUGGGAGCAAAACGAAAAGGAUUGUCACUAAAGGAACUGGAGUGGAUUGCGAAUAUACAUCAGACGGUGAUCGGAGUACCGCCUGCUUGGAGGAAGACGAUGUUUUAAGAAUAGCCAGGGUCGGAGCUAGGCAAGACGAAUUGUGGGGCGCAGGCAGAGAUAUCGAGUUUGCUAUUAGUAAGAUUAAGGCAGAAUAUAUGAUGUAUUUAUUCUAUGAACAGGACGGAACUAUAUACCUUCUCCAAGCGCGCCCCAUAACCUCCCUGGAGACCUGGACUGAGGAAGAGUUGCUGCAUGAAUUGGAUUUGCCAAUUAUGUCUGACGAUGAAUUACUUAGCUUUGCAAAUACAGGAGAGGUCCUGCCAAAGCCAAUCACCCCGCUUACUCAUGACUUGGUAUACAAGUUAUUGGAUCGGGGGAUUUCCAAUCUUAUCCCAGAUAAUCACGAUAUUUACAGCAAAAGCGUAGCUAUGACUCAUAAUAGAGUAGCUGUACCGUUGUAUAAUUCUAUAUAUCGCCGAGUGCCAAAAACGAUAGACAUUAAUUUACGUAUGCUGGAGAUAUCAAUACACGGGCACAAAGUAGCUGACGACAGUACAUUAAGUACUGCCUUACAUCGACGAGAACCGAAAAUUACUGACAAACUAUUCUCCAUUCUGGAUAUGAUUAAAUAUUUAAUAAUAUCAAAAUGGAGAAUGAACGACACGGUUGAGAGGGUAUCGAAAAUGAAGAUAGACACAGACACAGAUAGUGUGUCAGACAUGUGUAAAUAUGUCACGGAAUUCGAUGAAAUUGCGUAUUUCAGAAACCACAGCAUCACGUCUGCAGCCAGCACGUUCACUCAAUUCAUUGCUAUGUCUGUUUUGUUGGAAGGAAAAUCUGACUUCUCACCGGAGCAAUGCAACGAAAUAGGUGUAAUGUUAAAUUCUGGAGAUGUUCUCUCUGCUGAAGUGCCACAAGGUUUGGAAAGGUUGGCUCAAACGCUUGAGGAUUCAGGAAAAGAUGAGGAAUUCAAAAAACUGGAUCCCAAAGUAGCGAUGAGCUGGCUUGAAACUAAUUUACCUGAUGUUUUUGAACAAGCAACGAGGUUUCUUCACGAACAUGGACAUAGAUCUAUUAUGGAAUUUGAAUUAUCAACGAAACCGUGGGCGUUAGUACCGGAAGAUCUGAUGAAGGUAUUGAUGCAUGUCACACCAAAUACAAACGUCAAACAACCUAAGACUAUGGAAGAAGUUAUAGCCUCUCUAAAAACACCACAAAAGCCAAGCACAAGGAAAGCUCUGCGUUGGAUAUUGCCUCUGUGCCAACGCGCCGUUCGCUACAGAGAAUGUACCAAAGCACAUUUAAUAUUGGCAAUACAUAAGAUAAGACUAGCUGUUAUACACUUGGGCCACCUGAUGGUGAAGAAUUGGUAUUUACCGAGACACGACCUCGUCUUCUACUUCAGAACUCACGAGUUGAGGAAAUAUGUUGAAACAAGAGAUCCUGCUUUGUUAAAAAAAGCAAUCCAACGUCAAAAUUACUAUGGAAAAUGGUGUAAGUUAAAAUUUUCCGAGUUAAACACGGGUUGGGUGGACCCUCUUAAGGUGGAAGGGCCAAAAAUUAGUAGCGAUGGCAGUGUAAAGGUUGCGGGUACGUCGGUGUGUGGUGGAGAAGUAGUGGCGCGCGCUUGUGUUGUUAGAGAUUUGUCAGAGAUCGACACACUGCGCAAGGGAGAUAUUCUAAUCACUCACGCUACAGACAUCGGCUGGUCCCCCUAUUUCCCACUACUUAGUGGAAUCGUGACUGAACUUGGUGGACUUAUAUCUCACGGUGCUGUAAUAGCUCGCGAGUAUGGCCUGCCAUGUAUAGUGGGUGCAGUGGACGCAACGUCUUUAUUCCAAACUGGAGACCACGUGUGCUUGUCUAGCACCACUGGGGUAGUAGAAAAAGUCAAGGUAGAAAGCUGA